GACUUAAAAUGCAACCAUUCCAUAAUUCACCUCCCGAAACUCCUCUGUCUUCAGAUUCCGUGUACCAAAACAUUGUCGAGAACAAUUUCUUUGGGAAAAAAACAUGGUUCUCACUUCUCUUAAACAAUGCACGAGGAUAUUUCAAAGAGGAUCGUGCAGUAAAAUGAUGUUUAAUAGUUUUCAUACAUGUGGAACACAAUAUUUUCAUGAAUCGGGGAUCUUACAUGCCAUGCCAAUGAAACGCAAAGUCAAGUUAGACCCCAGAAUUAUUUUAGAAAAAGAACAGAAGAAGAGGAGAAAAAUUGAAAGUGAACUUAAAAAGCUUGAAAAAACAGAAGGAACACGUAAACCUAUUGACGAAUUUGAUUCGCAGAGAAAGCUUAAACACCAACUCAGUGAGAGAGUGAGAAGAAAUCCUGAGUUACCCAGAGAAGAAGUGUUACAAAGAAUUCAGUUGGAAAAGGACUGGUGUCAGCACUCGUCGAACCAGUACAGGCUUCUCUGUCAGCGAAUAAAUCAAGCAACAAAAUUCUCCGCAGAAGCCUUAAUUGAACUCCGUAAGGAGUCAGAGGAACUUUAUGUACAAGCUAUUCAGGAGGAUCCUAGUCUUAUAAGUUACUCCAAAACUGGACCUACAUCUACACCAGCGAUUAAAAAUUACAUAUUCCCAGAUGGGGAGUAUAAUGACGUGACUAGAGCUUGGUGAUUUACAUUUCUAUAUCAGAGUAAUUAAUGUGUGUGCAUUGUAUGCUUGGAUUAUGUACAACUAUCAAAUAUUGUGUCAUUCAGUUUAAGAGUUUACAAAAAAAGAUGAUAAAAUUGGAAUGUUUGUAGAUUUAGCAUACAGUGUAAUGUUUCCUUUUCACUAUGUAUGAUCAAAAUAUAUGUCAGUGGAAAACUAGAGUUCUCAAUGUCACAUUGAUGUCAAACAAGAUGGAGAGAAUUCAAGUGUUGAAGUAUGAAAACUGAUUUCAUCAGAAUGCACAAUACAACAAACAUUAUAGCAUUAAACAUUCUCAAGAACAGAAGGAUCA